UUCAAGAAGAAAAGCCGAUUCAGUUUUCAUUUUUUUUGUUUCAAAACACACACUUUCACAUACAAUGGCUCUGCACGUCCCGAAGGCCGGCUUCCAGUCCAUGAUGAAGGACGGUGCCAAGCACUUCUCUGGCGUCGAGGAGGCGGUGCUGCGCAACAUUGCGGCUUGCAAGGAGCUGUCAAAGGUUGUUCGCACGUCGUUUGGCCCGAACGGCAUGAACAAGAUGAUCAUCAACCGUCUGGACAAGCUCUUUGUCACGAACGACGCUGCCACCAUCAUCAAGGAGCUCGAGGUCGAGCACCCGGCUGCCAAGAUGCUCGUCAUGGCCUCCGAGCGCCAGGAGAGCGAAGUCGGCGAUGCCACCAACCUCGUCCUCCUCUUUGCCGGCGAGCUCCUCGAGAACGCCGACAGCCUCGUCCGCAUGGGUCUCUCGACUGCCGAGAUUAUUUCAGGCUACGACCUUGCCGCCAAGAAGGCCCUCGAGCUGCUGAGCGGCCUCGCUUGCUACACUGUUGAAAACAUCCGGGAUAAGACUCAAGUUGCUUACGCCCUCAAGACAGCUCUUGCCAGCAAGCAGUUUGGCUAUGAGAACUUCCUCUCGGAGUUGGUUGCCAAGGCGUGCGUCGACAUUCUGCCCAAGAAGAACACCAACUUUAACGUGGACAAUGUUCGUGUUGUAAAGAUUCUCGGCUCGGGCGUGCUUGCCUCGACCGUCAUCUCUGGCAUGGUCUUCAAGCGUGAGGUCGACACCCACAUCUCGGAGGUCGCCAACGCCAAGGUUGCCAUUUUCUCGUGCCCUCUUGAUGUCAGCACAACCGAAACCAAGGGAACUGUGCUGCUGAACAACGCAGACGAGCUCUUGUCGUUCGCCCAGGGCGAAGAGGCCCAAUUGGAUAAGGAGGUCAAGGAAAUCGCUGCCACUGGCGCAAAUGUCGUUGUGUGCGGCAGCAAGGUCGGCGACAUGGUCAUGCACUUCCUCAACAAGUACAACUUGAUGGUCGUGCGCGUGCCGUCCAAGUUCGACAUCCGUCGGUUGUGCCAGGCCACUGGUGCCACUGCCGUGGCGCGCUUUGGCGCCCCAACAAAGGAGGAGCUCGGCUCGUGCUCGCUCGUCCACACAACAGAGAUUGGCGAGGAGCGCGUUGUCGUGUUCAAGCAGGAUGGUGACGAGUCGGCCAUCUCGACCGUUGUGGUUCGUGGCUCCACCCCGAACAUUAUGGAGGACAUUGAGCGCGCCGUCGACGACGCCGUCAACGUGUUCAAGGCCCUGACCAAGAACCCCCAGUUUGUCGCCGGUGCUGGCUCCACUGAGAUUGAGCUUGCCCGUCUGCUCGGCACCUUUGCCGACACCCGAACGGGUCUUGAGCAAUACGCCAUCAAGAAGUUUGCCCAAUCGUUCGAGGUUGUCCCCCGCGCGCUUGCCGACAACGCUGGCGUGAGCUCUGGCGAACUCAUCUCGCGCUUGUACGCCGCCCACCAGGCUGGCAAGACCAACGUCGGAUUUGAUCUCGCCUCCGAGGCUGAUUUCGCUCCCUCUGGUGUCACCGCUGCUAUUGGCGGCGCUGCUGCCGUUGCUGUUGCCGAUGCUCGCGAGCUUGGCGUUCUUGACCUGCUCGCUGCCAAGGCGACCGCCAUCAAGUUUGCCGCACAAGCCGCUGUCACUGUUCUUCGCGUGGAUCAGAUCAUCAUGGCCAAGCCUGCCGGUGGCCCUAAGCUCCCCAAGGACGGUCAACGCGACUGGGACGAGGACCAAGAGGCUCCUCAAAUGGAAUAAACGGACAAACAAAAACAAGAGUUGCUUCCUUUGUGUACGAUUACAGCUUCUAACACACGUAAACGUGAUUUUAGUUUUCAACCAAUUGCAAGUUCUAUAAAGUAACUGUGAAGCGCAAAACUGCUGCC